AUGAGACCGAAACGCAUUUUGUUUUUUGUGAACAAAGAAAAAAAAAAAACGCCAUCGAACUUUUGGACAGAGAGCGAAUGCUCAAGAGGCGAAGAUGAUAGAGAGGAACAAGAAUGUUUGAGUCCUCCGGACGAAGAUGUUCUCUCGUAUUGCGAAUACCACGACGUACCAGCACCGCCGGACGGCGGUUACGGCUGGGUCAUUGUUUUCGCCAGCUUCAUGUGCAACAUGAUCGUCGAUGGCAUCGCUUACACUUUUGGAAUUUUUUUAGGAGAGUUCGUUGUGUAUUUUAAUACGGGUACCGGAACGGCAUCAUGGGUCGGAUCCCUCUUAUCCGGAAUGUAUUUGUGCGCAGGUCCCGUCGUGAGUGCUCUGACGAAUAAAUACGGAUGUCGAGCUGUUUGCAUCGCCGGAUCUAUAAUCGGAUGCGUUUCCUUUGCUUUCAGCACAUUUUCACCCAAUAUCGGAGCUCUCAUGAUGCUCUACGGAUUUAUGGGGGGUGUCGGAUUUGGGUUAAUUUACCUUCCGGCCGUCGUGUGCGUGGGUUAUUAUUUCGAAACUAAACGAUCCCUGGCGACAGGAAUUGCUGUUUGCGGUUCAGGUUUUGGAACUUUUGCUUUUGCUCCGUUCGUGACCAUGCUCCUGGAAAACUACGACUGGAAGGGUGCCAAUUUAAUUUUGGCCGGUUUUAUACUUAAUUGCGCCGUGUUUGGAGCACUCAUGAGACCCUUGGAAUUUCCAAAAGUUUCAACGCAGAAACCUUUGCUCCAGAGAAUGGCCGACGAGAAAAGGUAUCAAAUGGAAAGAGGUUCGAUAAGUGGAUCGUUUUUCAUGGUUCAACUACCGGAUGGAACGAUGGAAAAAAGAAUGAAAAUGCCAAUCAAUUACAAUUACGAUCCAGGAGUUCAUUCGAGUUUUAAUUUGGAUCAAUUGUCUCAAAUGCCGGGAACUCCGAUCACUCCCAUUCCGACAUUACCAACAAUAUCCGAAGUCAAAGGUCCCGAACACACGGCUAACAAUAAAGUGGCGGAUGGGGGGGAUUCGAAACCUGUCGCGGAAAGAAGGAAAAGUAGAAGAAUGGAUGAAAUAAAAGAAGAAAAUGAAAACAGCGAAUUCAACAACAAAUCAAACAUGCCCAGAAACGCAUCGCAACCGUCGUUCACGACUCACGUUUCCGGUUUGCCCAAAAACGGUUCGGUACCAUUUUUCGACAGGAUACGUAAAACAUCGGCGAGCGAAAGAUAUCGUCCGACCCUACAAGCCAUUAAAAACGCGAGCAGAACUAGCAUGACGUCGAACGGAGACCUUAAAAAAUCAAUGCACUUAAAAUUGUCAACGGCAUCUUUGCACAAAGAGCGGAAAGAAUUGGUUCGUCCUCUGUCCCGUAAAGAUAUUUUCUAUUCGGGUAGCGUCGUCAAUUUACCAGAAUAUCAAAGUCAAAAAUCUUUGGCGAAUUAUCGUCAAAGUGUUGUUUCCCUUCCUAGAUACGGUACUCAAACGGGAAUGAGCAUGAAAGAUGUCGAAAGCGGUCCCCCACCGGAUUUGUGUCCGUGUUUGACGUUACCGGAAGCUUUCAAAUCGGCUCUCAACGACAUGAUGGAUUUUUCAUUGCUCAAAGAUCCCGUUUUCCUGCUCAUCGGUAUCAGCAACCUGUUCGGAAUGGCCGGACUUUACGUUCCAUUUUUUUAUCUAGUCGAUGCCGCAAUCGCUCAAGGAGUCACAGCAAGUUCGGCAUCUUAUUUGCUUUCCGUCAUUGGUAUCACGAACACUAUCGGUCGUGUCACUUGCGGUUACGUUGCCGAUUUCCCAAAAGUCGAUUCAUUAUUUUUAAACAAUAUUUGCCUCGUCAUCAGUACUUUGGCUGUCGCCGCAGCUCCUCUAUGCUCAGAUUUUACUUCUUACAUUGCCAUGUCCGUAUUUUUUGGAGUUGCCAUUUCUGGAUAUAUAUCCUUGACAUCGAUCAUUCUCGUCGAUCUUCUCGGAUUGGAUAAAUUAACAAACGCAUUCGGUUUAUUAAUUUUAUUUCGUGGAUGCGCCGCCAUCGUGGGCUCUCCACUCGCGGGAGCUCUCUACGACGCCACCGGAAGUUAUUCAAUAACUUUUUUCAUGGCCGCGGGAUUUUUUGCCAUAUCCGCGAUAACGAGUUUUCUCGCACCCGCAAUGAAACGUUGCACGGCACCGAAAAAGACGAUGAUUCAACAGGACAUACUCACGCCCAUUGACGAAGACGAGGAAGAGGGAGAAGAGGAGGAUAUGGGUAACGGUGGGAUCGUCAUACCGGAAAUUACGAGAACGGCACCGAGUCCGAGCGCGAGUCAUCCGUCAUCUAUGGCCGAGAAAAAAGGACAACAAGAAAUCGAACAAAUCGAAUCGGUUUUGUAA